AUGUUUGCCCCCCUGCCGCUCGUCGACGACAGCAGCAGCAGCAGCAGCAGCAGCAGCAGCAACAGAAACAGCAACAGCAACAGCAAUAGCAACAGCAGCAGCGGCAAAAGCAGGCCAGGCCGCUCCUCCUUGCUCUCUCUGCUGCCUCUUGGCCCCAGAGAAGAAGCUGCUUUUGACGAAGAUAGUUUGCAGCAGCAGCAGCAGCAGCAGCAGCAGCAGCAGCAACUGCAGCCAACAACAUCCAAUGCUGCUGCUGAACCAGCCAAGCAAACUGAAGCCUUCAACUUGACGAUGUUCUCUCUGCAGCAGCAACUGCUGCAUCCGCAGCAGCAAUUGCUGCAGCCCCAGCAAGCGUCGCAGCAGCAACAGGAGCAGCAGCAGCUGCAGUAUCCGCAGAAGCAGCUGCACCAGUUGUCCAAGCAGCAGCAGUUGCUGCAGCAGCAGCCGCUCAAGCAAUGGCAGCUGCAGCAGCCGCAACUCCACCAAACACAACUGCAGCAGCAGCCACUUGAACAGCAGCAGCUGCAGCAGCCGCAGCUGCAGCAGCAGCAACUGCAGCAGCAGCUCCACCAGCAGUAUUUGCAGCAACUGCAGCUGCAGCACCCGCACCAGCUGCAGCAGCUGCCACAGCUGCAGCAGCAGCAGCAACAACUGCAGCAGCAACAGCUGCAGCAGCAACAGCUGCAGCAGCAGCAACUGCAGCAGCAACAACUGCAGCAACAAAUCCCGCAGCAGCAGCUGCAACAGCAGCAGCUGCAGCAGCAGCUACCGCAGCAGCAGCUGUCACAGCAGCAGCAACUGCAGCAGCAACAGAUGCAGCAGCCGCAGCUGCAGCAGUUGCUCUUCCGACAACCGCAGCCACUGCAGCAGUUGCUGCAGCAGCAGCAGCAGCUGAUGGCGCGGGAGCCACAGCUGCUGCAGAUAGAGGCACUAUCCAACGAGAAGGUGAACGAGGGGCUGCAGCAGCAGCACCAACAGCCACUGCUGCAGCAGCAACAGCCACUGCUUCAGCAGCAGCAGCUGCUGCUGCAGCAGCAGCUGCUCCCGCAGCAGCAACUGGUCUCGCAACAGCAGCUACUUCCGAGCCAAAAGCUGUUGUUACAGCAACAACAGUUGCUGCAACAGCAGCAGCUGCUUCAACAGCAGUUGCUGCAGCAGCAGCAGCAAAUUGCAGCUGGAGUAUCCAUUGGGUCGGCUUCUCAGGAGCAGCAGCAGCUCCUGCAGCAGCACCAGCUACUGAAGCAGCAGCUGCAGCAGCAGCAGCAGCAACUCGCAGCUUUACUAUCGGUGGAUUCAGCUUCUCAGGAAGAGCAGCCUAUGUUGGAGUCCGACGUGCUGCAGGAGAAGCUGCUGCAGCAGCAGCGGCUGCUGCAGCUGCAGCAGCAAGAGCAGCAGAAAAAGCUGCUACAGAUGCAGCAGCAGCAGCUGCAGCUGCAGCAGCAGCUGCAGCAGCAGCAAUUAUUGCAGCAGCAGCAGAAAGCAAGCCAUAUGAAAGCCCUGCGACAUGGCUCUCAAGCGCAGCAGCAGCCUCCGCAGAAGCAGCAGCAGCAGCAGCAGCAGAAGUCGCAGCAGCAGCAGCAACUCAGUCUCCAGCAGCAGCUGCUGCAGCUCUGGAAGCAGCCGCAAGAAUUUCUCUUCUCAGGUUCUUUGCCUUCCUCAGUCUUGCGUUUGCUGCCUUUUGCGGAGACCCCAGCCCAGGAGGGGCUAAGGAAGAGCAGCAGCAGCAGCAGCAGCAGCAGCAGCAGCAGCAGCAGCAGCAGCAGCAGCAGCAAAACAUUACUGCAGCUUGUGUAG